CGCCGCGGCCCUAGGGAUGGGCGGAGCCCCGGCCGCUGGUGCUGGUGGCCGCCGCCGCUGCCGGAACCUGAGCCGGAGCCGCCGCCUCUGCCGCCGCCGCGCUUCGGCUUCGUUGCUUCGCAAGGUGGCGGGAUGCUGGGAAAAGGGGGAGUCGGCGGUGGCGGCGGCACUAAGGCGCCCAAGCCCUCCUUCGUGUCGUACGUACGCCCUGAGGAAAUCCACACAGAUGAAAAGGAAGUAACAGAGAAGGAAGUCACUCUUCACUUGUUGCCAGGUUUGGAAUUGCGCAAGCUGGCUUGGGAUUUGUGGCCCUUCUGCCUCUGUCUCCAGAAUACUGGGUUUACAGGUGAACAGCUGCUUUGUGAAGCCAGCACAGUCCUGAAGUAUGUGCAGGAAGAUUCGUGUCAGCGUGGCGUCUAUGGGAGACUCGUGUGCACUGACUUUAAGAUUUCCUUCCUGGGGGACGAGGACUUGGCCUUGGAUAAUGGCGGGGAAGCUCAGUUUAAGAAUAAGAUCAUAGGAGUAAAUGACGUGCCACUGCACUGUGUGGAUCAGAUUUAUGGAGUGUUUGAUGAGAAAAAGAAACCUCUGUUUGGACAACUGAAGAAGUACCCCGAGAAGCUCGUUAUCCAUUGCAAAGACCUGCGGGUGCUCCACUUCUGUCUGAGGUACACAAAGGAGGAGGAAGUCAAAAGGAUCGUCAGUGGCAUAAUCCAUCAUACCCAGAGCCCCAAACUGCUGAAAAGACUGUUUCUGUUCUCCUACGCCGCUGCUGUGCACGGUACUGCCGCUGACCCCAGGAUCUGUACUGUAAUGUUUGACACGCCGAAAGACUGGUGUUGGGAGCUGGAGCGGACCAAGGGUAGUGUGAAGUACAAAACAGUGAGUGUGAAUGAAGGCUACCGAGUCUCUGACAGGUUGCCAGCAUACUUCGUCGUCCCCACUCCCCUUCUGGAAGACGAUGUGAGGCGUUUUCAGGGCCAUGGUAUACCAAUCUGGUGUUGGUCCUGUCACAAUGGAAGUGCCCUUUUGAAAAUGUCAGCACUGCCCAAAGAGCAGGAUGACGGUGCUUUGCAGGUUCAGAAGAGCUUCUUGGACGGAAUUUACAAGACUAUCCACAGGCCGCCCUACGAGACGGUUAAAACCGAAGACUUAUCAAGCAACUUCCUGUCCCUGCAGGAGAUCCAGAGUGCAUACUGUAAAUUUAAGCAACUGUUUCUGAUAGAUAACAGUUCGGAAUUUUGGGACACAGACAUAAAAUGGUUUUCUCUCUUAGAAAGCAGCAGCUGGCUUGAUAUAAUCAGACGCUGCCUGAAGAAAGCAAUUGAGAUCACAGAAUGCCUGGAAGCGCAGAACAUGAACGUCCUCCUGUUGGAAGAGAAUGCUUCUGAUCUCUGCUGCCUCCUCUCCUCUCUGGUACAAGUGAUGAUGGAUGCCCACUGUCGAACCAGGACUGGGUUCCAGAGCCUCAUCCAAAAGGAGUGGGUCAUGGGUGGCCACUCUUUCUUGGACCGCUGUAACCAUCUCCACCAAAGUGACAAAGAGGAGGUCCCUAUCUUCCUGCUUUUCUUGGACUGCGUCUGGCAGCUGGUGCACCAGUAUCCCCCAGCAUUUGAAUUCACAGAGACAUACCUGACUGUUCUGUCAGAUAGCCUGUAUAUACCUAUUUUUAGCACCUUCUUCUUCAAUUCACCUCAUCAAAAAGAUACUAACAUGGGUAGGGAAAACCUGGAUGCACAAAGCAAGCCUUUGACUCUGCUCACCGUGUGGGAUUGGUCAGUACAGUUUGAACCCAAAGCACAGACAUUACUCAGAAACCCUCUCUAUGUGGAAAAGCUGAAACUGGACAGAGGCCAGCAGAAAGGAUCACGUUUCAAACAUCAACGACAACUUUCUUUGCCACUUACCCAGUCUAAGUCAUCUCCCAAAAGAGGAUUUUUCAGGGAAGAAACAGAUCAUUUAAUCAAGAACCUCCUAGGCAAGAGAAUCAGUAAACUUAUUAACUCUUCCGAUGACCUCCAGGACAACUCCAGGGAGUUCUACGACAGCUGGCAUAGCAAGCCCACAGACUACCACGGCCUGUUGUUACCUCACAUUGAGGGGCCAGAAAUCAAGGUGUGGGCUCAGCGCUAUUUACGUUGGAUUCCAGAAGCCCAAAUCCUGGGUGGUGGCAGAGUGGCUACAAUGGGCAAACUCUUGGAGAUGAUGGAGGAGGUGCAGAGCUUGCAGGAGAAGAUAGAGGCAAGACACCACAGGCAGGAGGCUGUCCAUGCAGAGGCACCCGGCCUGCUCAGGAACUCAGUCCGCCUGUCUUCCUUGUUCCCCUUUGCACUGCUCCAGCGACAUUCGGCCAAGCCUGUCUUACCCACCAGUAGCUGGAAAGCUUUAGGAGGUGAAGAUGACCUGGCCAAACGAGAAGAUGAGUUUGUGGACCUAGGGGACGUGUGACCUGUCUCCUCAGGGACUGUGAAAGAGGCACACUAUAUGGUGGGACAGUUGUUCCCUGGACUGGUGUCAUGGUGUUAGCCCAUUGCUGUGAAGGAGAGCAGAGGCUUUCGGGAAGAGAACUGGUUCUCCUUUUCUUCCACAGUUCUGGAAGACAUUCAAUGAAAGCCGUGCCUCUAGUAUGCAUAGGAGGGAGUUCCUCCUUGGCCUGUCAUAGGAUGGAGGUCGUCUCCUGACAUCUGUAUUAUAUGUACACAAAAUGGCUCACGGCCAGGCUGCUGUGAGAGCUUCCUCCUGUUGUUUCUGUGCCAAGGUAAUUAUGUAGCCAUUCCGAACAAGAGGUAUUAAGGGAUGUGCUUAAUCCAUAGCAUAUCCCUUGACUUAAACCAUAGCAUAUUCCAAUGCGUGUGUACACACACGCAGCCCAUAGAAAACUUGGACAGUUCUGCUGCUGUCAUCCAUUCCAAUGUUCAGUGCCUCCUUCCUGGACUGUAACAACACAGGAUGGGGGCAGCCUCCUUCCCUUUUCCUUUGCUGUCACUCCCACCUUGCCUUUUCCUGCUCUAUGGCAUCCUAGGAGUCCACCUUGGUGUGCAUCGUCCCAGGGUCCUGCUGCUGAGGCUUGUUGAUUAAAUGGGGGCAGUCCUCUGUCUUCCACGGGGGAACUCAUUCCUGGAGCCCUCAGUUUUGGCCACACAUUUGGCCCUCUGCUCACCACACCUGGACUGUGCCUCUCUGCAGCCCCUCACCUGGUCCCCUUGCCUUCCCCAUUACUCUCACAGAUGCUGGGGCAGGCAGGCCAAUUUGAAUGUGGCUUUCACAGGAAAGCAGUCGUGUCAGAAGCAGGUAUGCCUCAGUGAUGUAAAAAGCCAUAAAAGAAACUCAGCUCUGCCUAGUCACCUUGGAUCUGCUGUUUUAAAGAUAGAUAUUUUUUUAAUGUUUGAAAGAAUCCUUUGUAAGGCUCAGUCCUAUCAUUCUCAACAGAGCCCUGUUCAGUCCCACAAACGGUGUGAAGAGUGGGAGUGGGCGAGGGACCUCACUGAGUCUGCCUCAAGUGUUUGCCUUUUAUCUGUAUUUGCUGGUCAGGAGAGGUCCUGUUGAGGGCGUCUCUGUUGCUCACGGGCAAUAAGACAUUUUGAAACUUCACCAAGAAUCCUUUCUGAUUGCACUGAAUCAUCUUUCAUACGUAAUGAUAAUUUUUCCUCGUCUCCCUCCAUAAUAAUGCACAUCCGGGUUGGUGUGUUGGCCCAGCAAGGGGAGGGGAGGUUAGGAUGUUGUUUCGGGGCCAAUGCACUCAGUCUCGGUUGCCUUAAGAGUCUUUCAGGCCAGGUCCGUGCUAGGCUUGCGCUAGGAACUUAGAACACACCAGUCCUUAGCUCCCUCUCCCUGGGCUCCUGGGGCUUCUCUAAACUAGCACUAACCGCCACGCCCUGAGCCUCUGCCUCCCAAGUCCUCAACGGAGAGAAUUAUUUUUGUUACCAUAUUAUAACGUGAAUGUUUAUAUGGUAGACUCUACAGUCUUAGUGAUUUUCUUUCCAAAAAAUGCCUCUUGUGAUGUUUUGUACUUCACAACGUAUGGUUUAAAGGCACAUGGUCAUGACCCUUGUUAUAGCAGUUGAAUGUGCAUUAAAAUAUUUUUUCUAUUUUUUUAAAUCACAAUAGAAAAAGUAAAUAAGCUGUUAUGACCUGUGUGGUUAUGACUUAUGUAUUUAUAUUUGAAGCCAGAUUUCUAUAACUUGGAUUUGUGUAUAGAACUUCCCGUGGGUUUAUAUAUUGUGUAUUUUUAUUCAAGAUUGAGAUGCGGAUUAUGCUUAACAUUAAAAGAUAAAAUAAGACCAUUUGUUUAAAACACACUGUGCAAGUUUGGAAGUGUCUGUUAAUAAUUUACUGUGUAUAAUACUUGCAUUUGUUUAUACCUCUAUGUUUUUACACUGAAGAUAAACUAGCUUUAAUUAAAUUUUUAAAAUGUAAGGGCCUAAGCUAUUAGACUGAGUCAGCUUCACUGUGCAGUUUAUUUUCUGGCUGUUACUGAGAGUCUGUAUAUGUCUCACUGCACUGGAGCUGGCUGCAGAGAUUAAAGAGCAGCCUUGAAACCGC